AAUAAUUAGUUAGUGAGAGAGAGCUAAAAACACUAUUGAUUGAGUUGGAGUUGGAAUUGAGGGUUCUCGUCUGAAUGAACAUGGAAGGUGGCGGAGAUAUGGAUUCACUGUUUGAAGGGAUGGUUUUGUUCAACCCUGCUGGCCAAAUUGAAGAACCAGCGGGGAAGGAAAAGGAAGAGGAGAAUCAACAACUCAAUCAAAGUGAUGAUGCUCCUGCUGCUGCAUCAUCAUCAUCAGCUUUGUGUUCUCAGCCCCUUGACGAGAAUAUCUUCUCUGACCUCACCCUCGUCGUCGUUGAUCCGAUUCAAAACGACCAUGAUCUUCUUCAAUCUCAAUCUUCUUCUUCGCACCAACAUCAGAGAAGGAGAAAACGAUCUGGCUUGAGGAUAGGUUAUGGAAGAGAUAGAGACACCACCGUUGAUGUUGAUGUUGAUGUUGAUCUGGAUGUGGAUCCUUCUCCUUCGCCGCCUCCUCCUCCUCCUCCUCCUCAUAUUCCCGAUUCCCUGGUUAGUACUGUUACCCAACAACCAUCUAGUGAUGUUGCUCCUGCUGUUAGUGUUAGCGCUACUGAAUUGAAAAAUGAGAGCAGAGACGCAUCAAACGAUGAAGAAGAAACGUUCCGGAAAAUAAGGGAGACGAUACAUGAGAAGCUUAGCCAUGCCCGUCAACUGCUAAACUCUGCAUCUUCUGCUCGAAAGGAUGCCAUCAGGAGUAGAAGAAAGGCCUUUCAGAAUGCUAAUCUUGCUUCUCUUAAAUACAUGGAACUUGAGAACCAAUUAGAACAAGCUUGUGAAGCUGAAGAUUUUGAAACCGCUGAAAUGGUUAGCCAACACCUUUCUGCCUCUGAGAAGGACAAACAAAUCUGUACCGAAUCAUUGAGGCAAGCUGAUGCCUUUAUCGAUGCUUUAGAUUUGAAAUUGCAGCAUGCCCUCGACUCUCACAUAGCUGCUGAGGAAGAAUCUGCAACAUUACUCCACCAUUAUGCAACGAAUGCUGUAAAUAAUGCAGACUCUGCGAUGAAGAAAGCAACAUCAUUGCAUUCAAAAGAAAUAGAACAAUGGUUUUCAUCAUCAGAAGCCUUGGAGGUUAAAAAGAUGGAGUUGGAGAUUGAAUCACAUUUUAUAAGUGAAGCUCAUACAGAACUUAAUAAUAACAUUGAGCAUUCAAUAGAGGAUGACAAAAAAGAAAAAGAGAUCCUUUGUAAAAGAAAGAGCGUUCUAAUGGAUGAAUUGGAAAAACUUCUUGCUUUAGUCAAACAGAAAGAGAAAGAGAUAGCUGACAAUGAUUCUGAUUUAAAAGCCGUAGAGCAUAAGAUAAAUAAUGUCGUCUCUGGAUUUGAAGAGAUUCAGUCAACCAUUGAGGUGAAGUAUGGCAAAUUGCAAUCUGUUCUUGCUCAAGUGAAAUUAGAGACUGAAACUCUGUCACUGAAAAAGGACAAAAUUGAUAACCUUCUCGUUCAGGAAGAAAGAAUGGGGGCAAAACUUAGGGAAUUUGCUAGGGUUUCUGAGGAGGAAGCUAAAGGAUACAGGGAAAUAGUCAAAUUAAGAAGAAGUUUGAUGUCAUCUAUACUGAAGUCCGGGGAGGAUAAAUUGAGACUUACAAACAAUGAGGAAAAGCUUUCUGGAGAAGUGAAAUUGUUUCAGCAGGAAGUUUCUGCUGCCAGAGGUUCCUUGCAGGAACUAUCUUCAAGAAAGUCGAGCAUCCAGCAAGACAUAGCAUCCUUCAAGCAGAGGAUUAUUUUCAUUGAUAAGAGAGUUCCAGAACUUGAAGCAGAAAAAAAAGUUGCUACUGCUGCAAGGAAUUUCAAGGAGGCUGCCCGAAUAGCUAGUGAGGCUAAAUCACUGUGUGUUGAGAAAGAGAAUAUCCAGAUGGGAAUGGAUACGGCCACUUCGAAUCUUCAAAAGCUUGAGGAAGAAAUUAAAGGCACCCUUGAUAAAUUGCAGGAGACUGAGGGAAUGAUCUUAUUGAAGGAGAAAGAGUUAGCAAUGGCUAGAUAUCAAAAGCUACUUUUGACAGCUGCUACUGCUAGAGCUGAAAAAGCAGCGGCCCAAGAAAUGGGUGAUGUCGAAGAAGCUAAUCUCCUGCUUGCAGAGGCUGAGGCUGCAGACUGUGAAGCUGAGAGAAUUCGAUCAACAUACAAUUUCAAGGCGGAAGACAUUUCAAAUUUACGGAAAGAUUUGAUUUCAAUGGACCUUGUAUCAAUUCUUGAUAAAAAGCAAUUGGAAAAAUUAGUUGUCACUUCAUCUAUUUAGCUGAUUAUCUAAACAAAAUUUUAGUGGAUUUAUUGAUAUUCCAGAUGCGUGUGCUCCUAGAAAUUACUGAAUUCAGCGUAAAUGUCCAAUUUUGUGAUACGUAUUAUGCAUCUCUACAUUUUAAUGAAUAUUGUGUACGAUAUUGGUGCAA